GCCGAUCGAAGGUGGUGUUCAUUUUUCAGUUGUCAACUUGUCCUCAUGAAGGCGGCUGGUCUCCUGCGCCUCGCCGUGUGUGCGACCAUCGCCGCUGCCAGCGUCUCCGGCGAGCAUGUUGGCUGCACCGUCACCCCGACGAUCACACCGACCCCGGCGACAACGACGGGCCCGACCGACGCGCCUACGACGCCGAUCCCGAUGACAACCAACGCGCCUGCUACGCCGGUUCCGACGACGGCUACGCCCGGGCAAUGGGCUCCGUUGGACUUCGGCGCUGGUUUUUCCAAAGUGUCGGGCGACAGCCAAGGCCUCUGCUUCCGCAAGGACGGCACGGUGCAUGUGUGGACGCCUGGUCAACCACUCGCUGCGUGGCCGACAGCGGACGUUCGUUUCGCGAGCUACAUUACGUGCGCGAACGGUGUCCUCUACUCGGCCGUCGACGACCGAGCCGGCAUUGCCGUGACCAACCUCACGACAUCGGCGACGACGACGCUAGAGACGGGUCGGAUCACGUUGAGAUUCGCGACGGACGGCAACACGCUGUGCUUGGGCGAUGACUCGUUUCGCUGCGCGACGAAACAAGGCGACAGCUUUGGUCCGCUCGAAGGAUGGACCAUCUUCCGUGAGUACUUCACCAAGUUGGUCGUCGCCAAGACGCACGCGCUCGUUGCCUUUGCUGGUGAUGUCGAGUACGCCACCUUGGUGGCUGCCAACAAGACCAUUACGAACGGCCAGUAUGUCGGGAAGGGAACGACGGUGCGCACGGAUGGCCACGCCGUGUGCGUCACGACGAUGUACAAGUUGUCGUGCGCCACGAUCGCCACUGUGGUUCCGUGGAAUUGGACAGAGUACGUCGGGGAGUGGUCCGACUUUGCCGUCGUCGACAACGUUGUCUACGGUGUGAACCGCGACGGCACCGUGCACUCGCUGCAACUCGCCUAGCCUAGAUAGCAAUAGGACGGCUGGAGUACCCGUUCGUUUAAACUACUACGAGCUGAGUUCGACAAAAGAGAC